GUGUAGAAAACUCGUCGUGUUUUAUUUAACGCAGUGUUAGCCAUGCGCACGCGCCGCCUUCUGCACGACGACGUAGCUGACGUGGGGACUAUUUCGGGACUCGUCUGCCAGAAGUGCCAGUGUACUCACGCUCGCGCUGAUCCAAUACCCGACAGUCCUUUGUCUUGAACAUAUCGCUGGUUACCUAUUUUAAAAUCACGCUGUUUGAUUUUGCGCCGAUGAAAGUGCAUCUUGUUUAUAAAAGUAUUCCAAAAUGGGAAGCGUACUCAGUAGUGCCGCGACGAAGGAGCGAAACACUGAAAACAUCGGAAGUCAACCCACAAUAUUGAGCAAUACGAGUGAUCAAGACAUGGAAAUUGAUGAGGCCGAACAAUUCCAUGAUACCAUCGAUGAAGAUGUCUAUGAUAAUGAAGCACGUGCUAAGGCGAAAGAAGAAGAAAUGGUUGAAUUCAGGAGACAACUUGACAUCAAAAGAGAACAAAGAAGACAGAUUUUAACACGACAUAGGAACGAAAAAGAAGAAUUGGAAAAGGCGUUAGAAAGUGAAAGGAAAUCAAAGAUUGAAUUAUACGAAAGUAAUAAACAGCUUCAUGAAUUGUUAACUAGAAAUAACAUUGAUAUUCCUGAAACACUCCAAAGCAGUAAAGAACAUUCGGAGUUAAGGAACACAAUAUCACAAAUGAAAGAAGAGUUUGAAAAAUUAAGAACCAACAAUAACAAAUUGCGAAAAGAUUUAGCUGAAUCUAAUAGCUCUCUACAAAAUGCAUUUACUGAUAUUGCCGAGUUAAACGCUCAAAACAUUGAGUCGAUGAAACAUAUUACCGCUCUAAAAGAAGUGGUAGCAGUAAGCAAAACUAUGAUCAAUCUUCGCGAACAGCAGUUAACUGAGCUCAAAAAUAAACUUAGUGAAAUUGAGCGGUCACUUGCUGAUAGAGAAACUAGUAUGCUUUCUUCAGACUUGAGACAAGAGUACGAGCGUCAACUACAGAAUAUCCGUACAUUGCGUGGUUUGUAUGAAGAACGUGCUCGAUUAUCUGAAGUGACCAGACAAGGUCUGGUUAGAGAAUUGGAAGAACAGAAAUCACUUUACCAAGCAGAAAAUAUGAAGUGUAAAAGUCUAGCCGCUAAAGUAGAUGAAUUAGAGGCAACAGUGGAUACUUUACAAGAAAAAAUAGAAAACAAAAACAACCAAAUCUCCACUUAUCAGAACGAAACAAAUGGCUUACAAGCUGAAAUGACAGUUGUUAAUAAGCUAUUUUCUCAAGUGCUUUUGGGUUACAAAACUAAACAAGAUUUAGACAAAUUGGUGCAUCGUUUAGAGGAAAAUCAUGGGUUACUGACCCAAAUGGCUGAGAAAGAAAAUGAUUCCGAAGCUUCCACAGCAUUACCAAAACUUUUGUUAGAAAUCGUCAGUCAAGUUGACGAUGGUGAAAAGACCGGACGUGAUGUAAUUGCCCAAACAAGGGAAAAUGAGGAAAAUGUUAUAUCCACUGAAGAUAUGGAAGCAACGAAUUCUUCUCAUACUACUCCCGAGGAAAUAGUAGAAAACCUUCCUAAAGUUUGGAGAGUUCUCAUGGAGCUAUUAAGUCAUCAAAGCGUCGCUGAGGCGAACCCCCCUGAGAAGGUUACAACCUGCUAUAAAUCUGUAGAAACCAAAUCGGGUCCCGUGCUCGUGCCAAGCGUUAGUCAGACUUACAUUAGAUUGAAAGAUCUAAUCAUUGAAAAACUGGGGCUGGUCAAAGAAGUUAAUCGUAUGAAGCAACUUAAUGUACAUUUAGAAACGCGCUUGGAAGAACAAGAGCGUAGAUUGUGUCUCGUCACAUCAGAAUUAAGUAAAACAUGGCACGUCGUUGGGAGACUGAGAAGGCAUCAUCAUCAGCUGCACACGCACGAAAAGAUUUUGAAAUAUGAGCUCCAGCAAAAACGGAAAAUGCUGAAUGAACUAAAGGAAGAAUUAGAAUACUGCAGAGAAAAGUGGAUACAAGCUCGUGAAAAGAACACACAAUCAGAAAAAGACUGGAGAAAACUAAGAGCAGAAUUUUCUAGCAGAACUGCAAAGGAUGGUUCCCCUUCUUGCAAUAACUCUGCAGAAAGUGGGUACAGUGAUGAAAGACCUUCAGAUGACUCGUCAGAAUCAAACGACGAGAGUGAAUACAUAGCAGAGCCUUUGUUGAGAUGCAAGAAAAAGAAUAAGAAAUCUUUUGAAACUAUACUUGAUUCCAGCACUGAUUUGAAUUUAAUCGCAGAAAAAGAAGAUCCCUCUAGUGAUAUGUUAGAUGUUGCUGAUUUACCGCUGGAUAAUCAAGAUGAAAGUCACAAUGAAGAUAUUAUUAAAAGUGACGUAGUAUGUGACGAAACAGAAGACGAAAUUGGUGAAAUCACAAAUGAAACUUGUGUUGAAGGAAAUUAUUUUACAGAAAAUAACGAGAGCACAGAAGACUAUUGUAGUGAUAGAAGUCAAGGAGACAAAAUAGACACUGUAUCAGAAAACCCUUCUACAAGCACUAUGACGGAUAAUUCAUCUAAAUUAUCGUUGAUAGAUCCAGCAGAGAUUUUAAAAAAUGUUAAAAUUCAAAAUGAAAGGCUUGCAGAGAAAGAUGAAAAGUUAGAAAGGUUAGAGAAAAAUAGCGCAGCGCUUUUGAAGAAAACCCAAAAUACGGCUAAAUUUAGUGAAAAAAUUGACAGGACGUUGGAUCAUCUUAUCAGUCGGCCCACAUCUGUCGUGCAAGAUUCUAAAAAUAACUCUAGAACUGGUAUUGUAUCUGAAAGCGGACAUAGAAACAACGAAUCGGAUACGCCUCAAGGUGGCAAAAAUGAAAUGUCUAUUAAAACUCAUACUGAAAGUUUGCCAAAAUUAAAAAAUGAAAUUGAUAUUAAUAUUGUAAAAGGCGUCAAUUUACAACAACCUGAUUUCAUUGAAGAAACAGAUCAGAUUAAUUAUGGUAAUGAUCCUAAUUCAUCGUAUUCUCAUCAUUUAACGGAUGAUCAGGAACUUUUGAAACAAAAUACGAUAAUUAAUAAAAAAGAAGUGCAAGAUUCUGUCGAUUUUUCACUCAUUUCUACCGAAACAUCCGAACCAACAACUUCUGGUGACAUGGGUCAUGAAGCAAGAUUUGCAGCACGCGAUUUGCGCCUUAAGAGAUUGGAAGAGCAGACAAAAUCUCUUGUGAAUAAAGUCAAUAAAACUACAACAAAAGGCGUAAAAAUUCACUACAAAUUGGAAGAGCUUCACAACAUCUACGGCUCAGAAAGUUCCCGAGCUGGGACGCCUUCUGAAGAUACAGAGGAUAAGUCGCAGAAAGAAGAUGAUUCGACAGAGGAAUAAAUGUUCAGUGUUUUUUUAAUAUAUAUCAAGAAUCUGUAUUAAAAAUCGUAUUGAUGUCAUUAAACAAAUAUUUAUUCAAAAAUAAA